AUGGCCACCAUGUGGGCCACGCACGUCGCCGGCCUGUACAUCAUCGAGAUCGCCAAUGGGUUCGAGGGGACGUACUGGCUCCAGUACUUCUUCACCACGAGUGCUGAUGAGGCGCUGAAUCUCCUCGGAUAUGAGCAGAAGCCUCUGUGGGACACGAAUAUGCGCUGGGCCAUAUCCUUCCGGAUGUCGACGCUGCGCCUCAUCUCCUUCAACUACGACCUGUGGGAGGCCACGCACGCCGCCGCGCGCGCGCGCGAGCGUGCCACGGCGAAGCACGACGCCACCUGCAUCGAGUGCGCGCAGCUGCGCGAGCAGAACGCUGCGCUGGCGGCCGCGCUGCCCGCCGAGGCGUCGCGCUGCUACAAGUACCGCACCGAGUACCCGCGCGACCCCGCCGACUACAACUUCGUGAACUACGCCGCCUACACGCUGUUCCCGCCACUGUACCUUGGCGGGCCAAUGUCGUCCUUCAACGCGUUCGUGUCGUACAUGCGCGUGCCGAGCACGUCGAUGCCGCUGCGCAAGAUGGUCACGUAUGCGUUCGCCAUCUUCCGCAUCUAUGCUACGACGGUGCUGCUUCUACACUUUGUGCACUUGCCAGCCUUAGCGAAGCACUCCUACCUUAUCACGGAGAUGAGCUUGCAGGAGCAGGCGCACUACUUCUAUUAUACGCUGGCCUACCUGUGGCUGAAGUUCAACUUCAUCUGGAAGUCGUCGCGCCUCUUCGCCAUGCUCAGCGGCAUCGAAGUUCCGGAGGACAUGCGGCGCUGCUUCGCGAACGCGUCCUAUACGGUGCGGGAAUUCUGGCGGGAUUGGCACGCCUCCUUCAACCUGUGGGUCGUGCGGUACAUGUACAUCCCGAUGGGCGGCAGCAGCCGCGUCGCGCUGUCGGUGCUGCCCAUCUUCCUGUUCAUCGCGUUGUGGCACGACCCGGUGUUGCAUCUUGUGAAGUGGGCGCUGUGCAUUGCCGUGAUGUUCAUGGCGGAGGUGGCGGUGAGCGGGUGCUUUGGGUGGGCUGUGGCGGCGUUCCGCCGUGAGAUGGCCGCCGUGGCACCGACGGGCGCCGUGAAUGAUGCCACGCUGGAAAGGGAGAGCCCCAUUACCGACCCGGUGCGUCGUCGUCUGCUGGCGCGCCUGGCGAGGUUGUGUGCGCGUCGCUUUAGCCCGCGGGUGCAAUCGUUUCUCUAUCGCCAACUUCGAGUGGCGGCUGGCAUGUCCUCAGCGUUUGGGCUGGCUGUCGCCAACUCGGUGGGCUUCUCGAUGCAAAAUGGCCUGACAGACUCGAAUGGGGGUGCGCAGUCGGCGUAUGCCGAUGCCGAUUUUCUCAUAGCAAAGGCACUUAUGAGCGUAACACCCACGUUUACCCUCGGUGCAGUGGCCUUUAUAUAUUCGGCUUCCUCCUUGGCAGUGAUCGAUCGUGAAAUGACUCACCAGCAGACAUUGUCUCUGAAGCGGUUGUACUGCUUGAAAUAG